AUGAUUGCGAACCAGUGGUUGGACUUCAGUCAGGAGAAGAACCACGCCAGUAAGGAGUGGAACGAGAAAAAUGCACUUCAUGAAAGCUUAAUUGUUUACUCCCUUCUCGCGUCAUGUGAUGGAGCGACUUCCUUCAACUUAAGUCACGAAACUACCAAGAUGUUCUCCUGUUUGAUUAUGCGGAUGUCAUCCAGGCGUCCGAUUCCGCCGCCGCCUUCGAGCGCAGGCGCUUCUGCUUCGACUAGGCCUUCUGCAUUGACGAAGAUGAUGGAUAUGCCUGAGCUGGAGCUUUCAGCCAAGGAAAGGGUCGUGGCUACGUGGAACUUGCAACGUCGUAGGGAUUGGGGUGAGAUUAAGAGGUGUUUGGUUGAUAGCCAGCGGAUGCGUGAUUGGGGAGGCUUGGGGGAGAAUCUUGACUGGCUAUCUCAGGCUGAGAUAUCAAACUUUUCAAAGUCCCAGCGCAUUCUCCCGCGGUCCCUAUACCUCUCCCACCAAUUUUCUUUCCAUACCUUGGGAGAAGACUACCAUGCCCUGGUCCGCAAGGAAGUUGAAGUUAACGAUUUCUCUUCUACCACCACGAAAGGCGGUGCCGGAGAAUCGUUCGUAGAAGGCAGUUUCUCCUCUUCACCCCGCGACAUUCGCCGUUUUUCAACGUCCUUCGACGAACCUCUUGUCUCUGCUCUCGGGGCCGGCUUCAACCACUCCCCUCAAUAUAACCAGGCCAUCACACCCAUGAUUAGGAGGGAGAUUCAGCAUAAAGUCAGAUUUCCGUUGCUGGCGCCUAGAAGCGAUAGCAGCGUUUCUUUGGAGUUUGACGAAGAGGAUGAGGACUUUUUGGGAGGUGGGGUUGACGCUUUGUUGGAUGCGCCAGUACCACUUCCAAAGCAACGUGAAGGUUCAAGUGCAUCGCGGGGGACGUCCAGAGACGAUGCAGUCAGCGUGGACUCGUCGCUCUCUGCCUCAAGUGUGAAUGUCAAUAUCGACGUUGACGUCCGAAUUGGAACCGUAGAUGAAGGACAUCUGGCAGGGGUGGGAUUACCAAGACAAGAUCAACGUUAUGGACCCGAAAGGGGCAGUGGUGGGAUGGUCUAUGCACCGCAGGGUUCUCAUCUUAGGCUUGUGGACAGGUAUGCUGAACAACCGCAAGCUUCGUACAUCGACCCAGAUUUGAUGUCGACAUGGUCUACCGGUUUACAUACGUUUUCAUUUCCUCGUCUCGGGUCAAAUACUCACUUUCACUCCUGCUCUUUGCCUGCUCGUCGCCGAACCGCUAGCGCGGUUCGCUCCUCGCAGGCCAGCCGAGGUUCUAUGCACCUUACCAAAUGUUCCGGCCAAGUGGACAUGGGAAGAAAGAACGGAACAAGCCGAAGAUUGUGGGAAUCCAUCCAGAAAGUUCCGAAUUUCGAGAGUCCGAACCGCCGCCGAUCCGCCUGUCCGCCUAUCCAUACAGCACAUGACGGUACUCCAUCACGUGUCGUCGUGUUCGUCACCAGCGUCUUCGCAUUUGCCUCGCUGGCUCGUCUCUUGACUCUCUUCAAUAACAUGAUAUGUUUUUUGUCUGUUUCUCUCUCUUAUCUUACCACUCUCCCUCUUGUCUUCAGCAUUUCGUCUUGUUCAAUUAGGAUGUCCCAACCCCAUGAAACGCCGUCCAUUCAAUGUAUUACUUGCAAGCGCAAUGUUCAGUAUGCGCCUGUCAAAUCAGAUGCUAAUGGCAACCAGGGGCGCCUUCUCGCGAAGUGUCUUCAUACCGACCCCAGCACAGGCGUCAAGUGCAACUUCUUUCGUUGGCUAGCGGGCUCUCGAACACCCUCGCUAUCGCCCCGUCUCGCUUCAACCAGUCAGCUGCCUGCCGUUGAUCAACAUGGUGGACCUGUGCUCCUGACAUCUAUCUCUGAUGCAGCGGGUGCACCGCCAGCUUCGCAAAAGCAGUCUUGCGCCACUAUGGGUUGCUCUUCAACCCGAAUUCGCAAAGGCUGUGGGCGACGAAUGUGCAAGGCACAUUGUCUCGAAGCAGGUGGUUGUGCUGACCCAGCCCACAAAGCAUUGCAAUCAACAACGGCUCCCUACACGGUUGCAGUACCACCCCCACCAACUCCCAUCUUUCCGGCACACAUGAAUCCCAUUGGGGUGCCGCGCUCGACCUCUGCUGGCUUUAUCGAACCCAACCCACCCCCUGGUCCUCUCACUGGCGCCGCCUCUUCAUCGUGCGUUCCAAGGAAUGCCCGUACAGAACCCACUUUUUCCUCCCACAUGACAGAGCUCUACACCGCCCAAAUGGCUCGUGAGGAACAGUUGAGAGAAGACAGGCGACAGGCUGAAGCUAUUAGAUUGGAGAGUAAACGGAAGGUUCAACAAACAGCUUUUGUGUAUGCUUGGAUGGAGGAUGGCGUUGCCCCCGUUCUUUUUGAGGUCCAAGAAGGCUUUGUCUGGCCUCAUUUCAUUCUGAAUGAGGCCGUUCUCGAUUCUGCGGGCUUUGUAGACAUUUCGGUCAACACCCGCUUCAACAUUUUCCGCUUCAACCUUAAUCAUUGGACCUGGGUGAAGCUCAAUCAUGUCGUUGAAUUGAAGGAUGCUCCCCGCAUAUUCAUCAAGGCCACCCACGUCCAACGUUGUCAAGAUUUCGAGCUUUUUCUUUCCACCACGUCCUUGUCCGCUGCGAGCCCCAACAUCCGUACCAACCUAGCAAGGGAACGUGCUUAUGUGAAAAGGAAAACAACCGAAUACGAACUUUCGCAAGGCUCAAAGCUUCCCUUUGUAAAGAACACACACAACCUAUCCCCUAACGGCGUCGUCUCUACACCCAAGCGUCCGCGUUAUCAAAGGCAUGAAGAAUCCCCUACUCCAACUCUGACGACGUAUCGUCCGCCAGCUCCUCCUCCAAAGUUUAUUGGCAAUUUUGCCCCUGGUGCGACCAGGGUCGUCAAGAAAUCGGCUGCAGCAAGACGACGGGAAUUGAUGGAUUCUUAUGACAGUGAUUCGGGGCUUGAGUUGACUGACCUCGAGCUUGCCAUGCCUUUUGUUACUCACUCAUCUGCCACAUCAUCCAUCCACGUUAAUUCGGCCGCCCCUUUGUCUACCUGCCGCAUCAAUCCGUCCGCCUCUUCGUCCGCCUCCCACAUGAAUUCGGCCGCCUCUUCGGCCAACUCCUUGUCUACCUCCCGCAUCAAUUCGACCACCUCCCAUGUUGAUUCGUCCGCCCCUUCCUCAAUUGUAUCUGUCGUUCCUUUCUUGAUCCCCAAUAAGCGCAUUUCAAAAAAGCCAAGGUGGCCAGCCGAUUUCUUCGCCGCUAGUAUUGCCAACUUCUUCGAUGAGGUCGAAGACAGUGCGAGCGAUACACAAGUUUGUUCGCUCUUUGAAUAUCACUUCGGCCGGUGGGUUGACUACAAGAGGUCAACCUACUAUGAUCACCGCCAGCGGUGGCAAGAAGCGACGCUCGAGGCGAAGCAGGCAGUGCUGUCCGCAGGUCAGACAGAAGCUGGCUGCUGGCUCAAUUUUAUGUCAAUGACUCGAGCACCCCGGGCACAUAUAAAGGCUGCGCGUCGGCUUAAUGUUGAUCAGCUUGCUAUGGUCGACAGUGAUGUUAUGGAGAUCUCGUCGGGUUCAGACGGUGACGCGUAA